GCGUGCGCGAGCUGGGGAGCGGGGCGGGUUUCAAGCUGCAGAAGUGGAUCAGUCACUCGCCGUCUGCCCGCCCGGCCGCCCGCUGGUGUACUCCUUGCUUGAAUCAGAGCCUCGUCACACCACUCUCGAAUUGCGAAAAUGACGAAAAUGUGGCGGGUGCAUCUGGGCAUAUUCUAGCGGGAAGUUAAUUCUCAUUUUGCACAUUUUCCGACUGGUGUGGCGAUUUCCUGCCCUCAGUCGUCUGGAAAUUCCCCGAAAUAGUAAUGGUAGCAUGAUCUUCUUCCCGCCAACCCUCUUCUUCCUUUUUCCCAAGAUCCUCGCCGCGCUUUUUACCAUCUCUUCUUUUGGAAUAUUCCAUAUAUUCCAUAUUCUGGUUGUCUCUUCACUUGAAAUUCUACCUACGGUAGUUCUUGUUUACUGCCGGCUCGAGCUUCUUUGAUCCUGUUGCUCCCUCUCUUGUCUUCCUGUUUAUAACCGCGGCACGCGCCCAUCACACCGUAGAAUAACUGAUUAUUUAUUUGUUCGCGCCCACCACACCGUAGAAUAACUGAUUAUUUAUUUAUGCGCGUCCAUCACACCGUAGAAUAACUGAUUAUUUAUUUAUGCGCGCCCAUCACGCCGUCGAAUAACUGAUUAUUAUUUAUGUGUGUAGUUAUUACGGGUAUCUUUUUUUUGUAUUGCUGACGAGUGAUUACGCGCGCACCACCUCCGUCGAGCGACUGCAAAUUAAACACCCUUCACUACCCCAUUUCAGACAUUUCAAUGCUGCGCCGCCGCCAACGGUUGGACAAAUUACGCAAGACAUCACCACUCUAAGUGCUUGAGGGCUCGAGGGGUGAGCGCGCUAUUACGAGCGCCGCAAGUACUACUGGUAGUAAUAUGAUGAGGUAUACCAGUUAUUAUUAAAUACAUGAAUACAUAUGCAUAACAUCGUAUCCUGUAAUAUAUACUAUUUCUAUAUACCAAUCGAAUGCCUGCAGUCUUGAUCUGAGAAGUACAGGAUCCCCUAUGCCACGAGUCUCCCGCCAAAAUUUCAAUUUCAGGAGUCUCUCUGUUUUUCCGACGGCACUCCCCACUCCUUCUAAAGACGUCGCUAUGAAAAGAAAUAAAAUCCAGGUCGGAUGCUCAUACGGUGAAUGGCUCCAGAUUUAAUUUGAUUUUUUUUUAAUUUUUAUUUAUUUAUUUAUUUAUUUUUGAUGCACCAGAGAGUUUAGGGCAGUCCAGAUUCGAUGAAAUGAUUUGUCGACGCACUCGAGAUUGGGAAGUUGUUAUGUUAUGUAUCCUUUAACUUACAAAAUUGAAAAUUUGUCCAUGGGAAGCGACCAAGCUACGGGUCGAUUUUGGCAGUCCGAGAGCAUCCCGCCAUUAUGUCCAGGCGCGAUGGGCGCACGUGGAGCGCACCAGAGCGGAGGCGAAAGAGCGGGAAAGGGAGAGCUGGGUACAUAUGUACCCCCCAUUCUGCUUAAUUUGGGGGACGUAACGGCCGUCGGGGGGAUGGGAGUCGGCCACGUCGACGUCGGGAUCCGUCGGCGCGUCCCGUCGUCAGGUUCCUGGGCUGCUGUCGAGAAUGUGGUGAGGAGAAAAUGCGGGUGGGUAAUUUGGCGGGUGCUGAUUUUUUUGUCGUUCGUGUAUCUGACCCAAUGUUCAACUGGAUGGAGUGCGAUCGUACACGUGGCAGCGGAGGAUGAGCUGGUGUCCACGUCACGCGCGUCGGCGAAGAAGUCGGAUGACGUGGCGGAGCCCAGCCAUGAUGCAGCCACGGUGGGUGCAUGUACAGGGGGCGCUGCUUUGUCAAGCUCCUGUACGACAGACCGGUCGAAAGCAACGGACAAGACGUGUGUGGACGUGGGCGCGGAUGGGACCCGUCUCGAUCGGGAAGGUCGACCGAUUGGUUGUGCCCACAGCACGGACAGAGACGGUGCGGAAGACGGAUCCCGCCCUCCUACCGACUUGAUUGCUGACAUUGGCGACAUCUUGCACGACGGAUACGACGCCCUCCACGGUGGCCUUCGGACAGUGCGACAAUGGGGUGCCAUUCUUGGAUCCAUGGCUUCUUCGUCUUCUUCUUCCUCCUCUCAUGGAGACUACAUCUUGCACGGCGACUUGGUUGUUGAAAUUGAAGAAGCGAGGGGAAUGAAGGCCAGAAAUAUGAGCUCUGGGUCCCUUCUUGAUGGGGUGAAGACAACCCUGAACAGCUACAUAGGAGGGGUAGGGAAAGAAGUGGAGCUCUAUGCUUCUAUCUGCAUUGGGCAGGUUGUUUUGGGCCAGACCAAAUCUCGCAAGAACACAUCCGAACCUCGAUGGGACGAGGAGUUCCAUAUCUACCUUGCCCACUCAGGAAGUCGUCUAAGGAUUGAGAUUCGUAACAAGUUGGUAGUAGACAAUGUGGUUCUUGCUCAGGUCGACUUGCCAGCUGAUGAGCUGCUGUCUGGGCAUCAUUUCGAUGGCUGGCAUGACAUGACAGAUGCAUCAGGCCAAACGCUUCCUGGCGCCCAUAUCAAAUUCAGUGUAGCGUUCAAACCAGCUCUGAAAAGAAGCACGAGGAAGGAAUGGAUGGCCCGAUUUCGUGGACCGGAGACUGAAGUGCAAGAGGCCUUCUUUAAGCAGCGCAAAGGCUGCCGUGUGACUCUUUAUCAGGAUGCUCAUGUGGAAGAAGGGCGAUUGCCCGCGAUCCCUCUCUCCGGCUCUCGGGUUUAUCGUCAAGAACGGGCUUGGGAAGAUCUUUAUAAGGCCAUUUUGGAUGCCAAGCAUCUCAUAUAUAUCACUGGCUGGUCAGUUUACACAGAGAUCCGAUUGAUCAGGGACGAGAAGCGAGGGAUCCACGAAGGUUCAGGGCAUGUUCGGCUAGGGGAAUUGUUGAAACGGAAGGCAGCUGAAGGGGUUCGUGUUCUGUUGCUUGUCUGGGAUGACCGAACAUCCUCCUCGAUUGUUACUAAAGGAGUAAUGAGCACUCAUGACGAGGAGACGAUGGAAUACUUCAAGAACACGAAAGUGCGGUGUGUGCUUGCGCCCCGUUCAACAGACUUGGUGAAAUCCGCUUCAAAGUCUAUGAUGUUUUCACACCACCAAAAGGCAAUAGUUGUUGAUGCUGCCCCAGUGGAGCACCCGACGAAAGGGAAGAAAUGGAAAUGGGGACGUGAUGAUGAAGGGAGCAGAGAAGGGGACAGGAGAUUGGUUGCCUUUGUUGGAGGUUUGGAUGUGACAGAUGGUCGAUUUGACACUCCGAGUCAUUAUAUCUUUUCCACCUUGCGAACGUGGCACAAGGAUGAUUUCUACCAACCAAGCGUUGCAGGGUCGGCUUCCCUCGACAAGGGAGGGCCAAGACAACCUUGGCACGACAUACAUGCAAAACUUGAAGGUCCGAUUGCAUGGGAUGUCCUAGAGAACUUCCAGCAAAGGUGGAGGAAACAAGCUUCCCUUUACAACACUGAUCUCCUUCCCAUUGGCACACCAGGGAGUGUCAUACCUGGGGCCCGACCUGUGACCUCAGAUGACGAUCCUGACACCUGGCAGGUGCAGCUGUUCCGGUCUAUCGAUACUGAGUCGGUGUAUGGGUUCCCCGAAAGUCCAAGGGAGGCGGUGAGGAUGGGUUUGGUGAGCUGGAAGGAUGACAUCAUUGACCGCAGCAUUCAAAAUGCAUACAUCGAAGCUAUUCGAAAUGCAGAGCGCUUCAUCUACAUUGAGAACCAGUAUUUCAUGGGAAGUUCUCAUAUGUGGGCAGAGUCGCAGGGGGCGGGAGCAUACCACACCGUAGCUGUGGAAAUAGCACUGAAGAUAGCUAGCAAAAUUAGAGAUGGUGAGCCAUUUGGAGCUUAUAUCCUUGUGCCUAUGUAUCCUGAGGGAGAUCCACAUCUCACCCCCUCCUCACCCCUUCAAGAAAUGCUGCGGUGGCAGUACAACACCAUGACGAUGAUGUAUAAGAUAGUGGCAGAUGCUCUGAGAACAACAGAGCGCUACGAUCAGCACCCCACGGAUUACCUCAACUUCUUUUGCAUCGGUGCCCGAGAGUCUGUGAAGAGUGCUGAUGUUGAGCAUAUCCCGUCGACGCCCAUCUCCGAUGCCGAGGUCAUGUACAAGGAGGCGCAGAAGAAUCGCCGGAUGAUGAUCUACGUUCAUUCCAAGAUGAUGAUUGUCGACGAUGACUACAUCAUAGUUGGAUCGGCAAAUAUCAAUCAGCGUUCCAUGGAUGGAGGGCGCGACAGCGAGAUUGCUUUUGGAGCCAUGCAACCUCAUCACGUGCUCGUAGACGCAGACGAAACGAAGAAGCCCAAGAAGGAUACUGAAGACCCCAAGUUGAAGGCUCCGAAAGGUGCAGUUCACGGUUUCCGAAUGAGCCUUUGGGCCGAACACUUGGGCUCAGUGGAUAAGGAGUUCUCAGCCCCAUGGACUUCCAAGUGUGUACGCAAGGUGCGGGAGAUGGCAGAGCGAAACUGGCAGCUGUAUGUGCAACCUGAGCCUGUGGAUAUGGUGGCACACCUGAUGCCUUAUCCGCUUCAGGUCGACAAGAGCGGACGUGUCUCUGCCAGGCCUGGAUUUGAGUUCUUUCCAGAUUCCAAGGCAAAAGUCACCGGGACAGUGUUGAUGCAGUUCCCUGACCUUCUAACAACCUGAGGAGUCCGGGGAAGGCAGAGGUAAUGAAUCGUGACUGGGAGAUAAGGUAACCCUUGUCAUCUUCACUGCAGAUGUGCUUUGCAUGGAAUGCUUUCUUAUGAUUAAUUUAUUAUGUAAUAAUGUAAGUUAUUCCAUGGUCGCCAGCCGGACGUCUGGAUCCCGAUCCAGACAGUCUGGUGUUCGGCGUCCGGGUCCGGUGUCCGGUUAGGAGGGUCCUGUUGGACCCCGAUGUCAAAAAUUGGAAUUUUUUUUUUGGGGUCCCCAGGCCGUUUUCCUGGGGCUGGGGUAUACCCCGGAAAAAUAUUGCUGAUGUUUUUUGCGAACUGGUACCCCACCCGGACCGGCCCUGAAAGGGGCCCUCUGUAUGAAAAGUUGAAAACACGGGAGCACAGUAGCAGCCCCGCCGGUGGUAGGAUCCGAUUUUCGAACGUGUGGAGGACACGAUUUUCGAACGUCGAAGAGUGGCAGCCCCGGUCGAAGAGUAGCAGCCCCUGCCUGAAGUCCGCCUCGUCCAGCAGAGCUGUCGUCGAAGUUCCUGCCCGCUGCAGUGCCAUCGCCGUAUUGGGGGGCAACUUUCAUUCUAGAUACAGCAGAGCUGUGUGUGUCUUCAGGGGCAAUGUGAUUAAUAAUUAAUUUAUUAGCAUGUCCGACCAGUCCCACAAACCUGUUUUUGUCUGUGUAUGUGUCCUAUGUUUUUUUUUUUUUUUUUUUUUUUUUUUUUUUUUUUUUUUUUCCUCCCAGACAACUGGACACUGAUACACCAAACCGAACUGUCUGGGUCCGGAUGUCUGGAUGUCCGGUUAGACCCAGACACAGGUCCGGUGUCCGUGUGCUGUUGUUUGGGUGUACGGGUCCGGGGCAACCAUGAGUUAUUCAGAAUGAGCGAUUGUACAAAUUUAUUUGAUUUCUAUUUCUUCAUGGCUCUACACUUUCCAUUCUUUGCACAGGCUAAUCCAGCAUUGUUCUGAUGUGUGUAGAAAUGGGGGGAGGUGUGUGUUGGUGAGGUGCAUGCUAUGCAGAGAAUAGGAUGAUGGAGCGGCCUGUUCGUUGCAGUGCCUGGUCUUUUGUUUUCAGUCCGAGUCAAAUCCUGCCUUCAUGUGAUUUGCUUCUCGUGUGGCAAGAAUGUGCAAGGCCGUGAGGGCCUUCCAGCAGGCAGCAGAGAACGGCUAGGCCCUGCGCUCAGGCCCAAAGGGGUUAAGCCUAACUGACCUAUAGGCCCUCGUCAAGCUGUCGAGGCCCUGCGGUCAGGCCCAAAGGGCUUAAGCCCAACUGACCUAUAGGCCCUGGUCAGGCUGUCCGCGACCCGAUAAACUAUGGCCUUGUCC